AUGGAAGCUUACAAGCAAUGGGUUUGGAGGAAUAGAGAGUAUGUACAUUCCUUAGGAUCUCUUGCCAACGGAUUGACAUGGCUGCUUCCUGAGAAGUUUUCUGCUUCAGAGAUUGGGCCAGAAGCAGUGACGGCGUUUCUUGGGAUAUUCACAACGAUCAACGAACACAUAAUUGAAAAUGCUCCAACACCUCGUGGUCAUGUUGGAUCUUCAUGGACUGAUCAAUCCCUUUCUUAUCCGCUACUCAUCGCCAUCCUAAAAGAUGUGGAAACCGUAGUGGAAGUGGCGGCUGAACACUUCUAUGGAGACAAGAAAUGGAAUUACAUCAUUGUCACUGAAGCUAUGAAGGCUCUCAUUAGGUUAGCCUUGUUUCGAAAUAGCGGGUAUAAGAUGCUUCUACAAGGAGGAGAAACACCUAAUGAAGAGAAAGAUCCUAACCAAUCCCAGUUGCAAAAUAGACCAAAUAGUUUUGGAAACCAAAAUCCAUGGAACUUGGAAGGACGAGCAAUGUCAGCUUUAACUUCAUUUGGUCAGAACGCAAGAACAAUAACAACGCAAGCAACAUCAUCUCCUACUACAGGUUGGUCUAGAAGGAUUCAACAUCAGCAAGCAGUUAUAGAGCCUGCAAUGAUCAAGGAGAAGCGGAAAACGCUCUCGGAGCUAUUAUCUGAGAAGGGUGUGAAAGGAGCGUUGUUUGUGAUUGGUGAGGUUCUGUACAUAACGAGACCUCUCAUUUACGUUCUUUUCAUCAGAAGAUAUGGAGUCAGGUCUUGGAUCCCUUGGGCUAUAUCGCUUUCUGUGGACACAUUGGGGAUGGGGAUUCUUGCAAAUUUGAAGUUCUUGGGAGAGAAGAGCAAGCAAAUCCAUUUCUCUCAACCUGAAAAGGAUGAGCUUCGGAGACGGAAGCUGCUUUGGGCAUUGUACCUCAUGAGAGAUCCAUUCUUCACCAAGUACACUAGGCAGAAGCUGGAAAGCUCUCAGAAGACGGUGGAACAAGUUCCAUUGAUCGGAUUCCUCACAGAGAAAAUUGUGGAGCUUUUGGUGGGAGCACAGUCACGGUACACUUACAUAUCGGGAUCUUAA